UAUGAGAGGACUUGGUUGCAUAGUGAAUAUUUUCUGUAGUUGUUUGGGGUCAAGAGAAAAUGGGCGAGUUCAAAAGGGUCUGUGUCUUUUGUGGGAGUAAUUCAGGGAACAGAAAGAUAUACAGUGAUGCAGCUCUUGAUCUUGGAAGAGAAUUGGUGGAGAGGAAGAUGGAUUUGGUGUAUGGAGGAGGGAGUGUUGGGCUGAUGGGGAUGGUUUCUCAGACAGUUUUUGAUGGUGGAUGUCAUGUUCUAGGAGUUAUCCCAACUGCACUUGUUCCACUUGAGAUAUCUGGCCAUGCAGUGGGAGAGGUGUUGAUUGUAUCAGAUAUGCACGAAAGGAAGGCUGAAAUGGCUUCUCGAUCUGAUGCUUUUAUUGCUCUACCUGGAGGGUAUGGAACCAUGGAAGAGUUGCUUGAGAUGAUAACAUGGUCUCAGCUUGGAAUCCAUGACAAACCAGUGGGUCUCUUAAAUGUUGAUGGAUAUUAUGAUUGCUUGCUGGGAUUGUUUGACAAAGGAGUAGAAGAAGGAUUUAUUAAGCCAUCUGCGAGGGACAUUAUUAUAUCUGCAAAGACUGCUCGAGAGCUGCUACAGAGGAUGGAGGAAUUUAUACCUCUUCAUGAUCAAGUAGCACCAAGACAAAGUUGGAACAUAGAAGAAAACCACACUGAAAGUUUGUAGCUGAUCCCUUUCAUUUGCCCUCCAAGAGGACAAGGGAAGGGCAUAUUGCAGGAACAUCUUUCCAAGUGGCCGUUUGAAUUGCAUGUGCAAGCAGAUAACAUAAUAAAAGAAAAUUGAUAUUCCAAACGGAAAAGUGUGCAACUUGUGAGCAGAAACCCUUUCGUGAUUUGUGCUUGAUUGACUGAGUUAACAAACUGAAUGCUUAUAUAGUGAUAUUUACCCGAAAAGGAAUAAAAAUAUAUAGAUUGAACA